AUGACAGUUUUAGAUUUAAACACAGGCAAACCUUACAGUCUCCCAUUCAAGCUCUCUCGUCAGAGCAGCAAGAUUUCAAAAAGUCAAAAGGAUACAGGUAUAAGGAUGCAAUGGAUCACGGAUGCAGACAAGUUGUUAACAACGGAAAUUGAGUCGGCUGACAUUAUUGUAAACAAUGUCCUUGAUCGUGGUGAAUACUACGAACGUCCUACUGAUGCUAUUGGAGUUAUCGUCCAUUCAAAUGACGAGCCUGUUGCCGUUGCCGCUUGGUAUGGUGAUGAUCAUGUUGGUGAAUGGGAUGUGUAUGGUGACCAGCCUGAACAUGCUCAGCAGACAUAUUACUUAGGAGGAGCACGUACCAUCUUUGUUGGGUUAUUUUAG